GUGUCCAGAGAAGUCCGGCGGUCAGGAUGACGGGGGACACGAUGACUCUGAGGACCUGCACAUAUUUGAGAUCGCCAACAUGGAAUUUGAGAACGUUCCUGUCCUACAUCUCUACUCCACCGGAGGCGCAGUGGUGUUAGUGGGAAUUUGGGAUCACAUUUCAUAGGACUGGCCACGUGUACUGCACUUGGCCAGAUAUAUAUAUCACACACACCUUAGUACUAUUUUACUGAGUCGUGCAAGUUGUCUGUUUUUGUAUAUUGUAUUGUCUGUCUGCAUAAUGAGUAAGGCACCAGCAAAAACUAAAAAGCAGUUUCACUGCAAUGUCUGUAGCAGUGUGUUACCAGAUGGAUCUACCACAUGUACAGUAUGUUUUGUGAAUUCAGCUACGAAUACAAUUCCUGCUCCGGUUUUAAAGCCGGUUUCAUCCCCGGACCCUCCAUGGGCUAUGCUAGCAGAUGUAAUGGCUGGGUUGCAAUCAGAAUUGGCCGCCGCUCGACAAGAGCGGGAAGCGGCAAGAUCUGAGUCUUGGGUGAGACCGCCAGAACUACCAGAGGGGUCUCAGCCUUGCCAAAAGUCCAAGUCAAUUUUGGGUAGAAGGGAUAAAUUUAAUUUGUCUUAUGAUUUACCUGUUUCUGCUAUGUUGCAUUCUGACGAUUCUAUGCCAGACCUCACUGCGCAAGAGGAGGGUGAGGAGGGCGAAGUAGACCAGCAGUCAGAUAGUGAAGAUUUUAACAGCCCAGGCAUUGAUAAUCUCAUCAGGGUGGUGAAGUUUACAGAAACGGAGUAGCCUCUGACAAAUGAUGAAGUCGUAUUUACUAAACGACACAGAUCUCCGAUGUGUUUUCCUGUUUCGGAAUCUCUUAAUAAGAUGUUGGUAGAAACACGGAAGAAUCCAGAUAAACAGUUUUCUAUACCUCGCAGAUUUAAGUCUAGUUACCCGUUUCCAGAGUCUGUGACAUCUACAUGGGAGAAUCCGCCAUUGGUGGAUUCGUCUGUGUCAAAACUUACAAAGAAAUUAACCAUACCAGUACCAACGGCUACUACGCUUCAAGACCCUUCAGACCGCAAAAUAGAAGCUAUGCUAAAGUCCAUGUAUAUAGCAGCAGGAGUGUUGCUUAGACCUGGGUUGGUUGGCAUUUGGGUCACUAAGGCGCUAAUUGAAUGGAUAACAGAACUCAGGUCUGCCUUACAUGACGAUCACCUUAUACUUCUUGCUGAUCAAAUCUGUGAAGCUGCUGAUUAUCUAUGUACAGCUUCUACUGACGUCUGUCAGCUCAGUUCUUGCCUUUCAUCGUCGCUUGUUACGGCACGACGAGUACUCUGGCUGCGUUCUUGGCAAGCGGAGGCAGAGGUCAAGAGAGGUAUAGAGGCGUUACCUUACGGUGGCGAGAAGUUGUUUGGUCCUGAAUUGGACAAAUGGAUUUCUGAGGCCACGGAAGGGAAGUCUGUUUUCCUACCAUUGCCUCCAACGGUACCUAGACGGAAAUACUCUGGCCCGGCAUUAAAAUCCUUUAGACCUCAGCCCUUUCGAGGCCGUGGUAGAGGAACAACCACGCCUGGUAGACGAGGUCAAGGACGUGGUUUUCAACAAACCAACACCAGUCGUCAGGACGCUAAGGUCAUUGACAAGCCAGUGGCAUGACGGGCUCCCAGCCCAUCUUGGAUCUCCAGUUGUGGGGGCACGCCUUCAGACGUUCCAUUUGGCGUGGUUCCAGACAUCCACAGAUGGGUGGAUCCGCAAUUUAGUGUUAAAAGGUUACAAAAUAGAGUUCGACUGUCUUCCGCCACUGCGGUUUUUCAAGACUGGACUGCCUAUGUCGGAUGACAAGAGGACGGUUCUGCAAAUUGCCAUUCAGUCUCUGCUGGAUUCAGCAGUUUUGAUUCCGGUCCCUGUACACCAACAGGGUCAGGGUUAUUAUUCCAGUCUGUUUGUGGUACCGAAGCCGGAUGGCUCAGUCAGGCCAAUAUUGAACUUAAAGGGUCUCAAUCAGUACGUCACUUACUACAGAUUCAAGAUGGAAUCUCUGUGGUCAGUAAUUGCAGGUUUAGAGCCACAGGAAUUCAUGAUUGCGCUGGAUCUCAAGGAUGCGUACUUACACAUUCCGAUUUGGCCACCUCAUCAGAGUUUCUUGCGUUUUGCGAUACGGCAAAACCAUUACCAGUUUCAGGCUCUACCGUUUGGCCUGUCGUCAGCGCCUCGGGUAUUCACCAAAGUGAUGUCUGUGAUGAUAGCUCAUCUCAGAUCCCUGGGAGUGAUAAUAGUUCCGUAUUUGGACGAUUUACUCAUCAAAGCUCCGUCUCAACAGAUGCUCCUCCAACAUGCGUUGCUAACGUACAAUGUACUAGUUCGAUACGGUUGGAUUCUCAACUUCAAGAAAUCACAUCUGAUUCCGUCUCAACGACUUCAAUUCCUAGGAAUGAUUCUCGAUACGGUAGAUCAAAGAAUUUACCUACCAGAACAGAAAGUACAGAGAAUUCGUCAUCUGGUACAAUUAGUGCUCAAGCCACGCACAGUCUCGGUACAUUUGUGCAUUCGCCUCUUAGGCACAAUCGCUUCAGUUCGGAAGAUUUCACUCACGUCCUUUUCAACUGGAUGUGCUCGCACAGUGGUCGGGCUCGCAUCUACAGAUUCACCAGAUGGUGCGGUUGUCUCCACGGGCCAGAGUAUCUCUACUCUGGUGGCUCAAAGUACACAAUCUAACCGCAGGGAAACGGUUCGGCGUCUGGAAUUGGAUAAUUCUAACGACGGACGCGAGUCUCAGAGGUUGGGGAGCUGUAGUUCAAAAUUGUCAGCUCCAGGGUCUCUGGGCGGAUCACGAAAGAUUGUUGUCUAUAAUUGUCCUGGAACUCCGGGCAAUUUACAGUGCGCUACGACAAGCAGUGCAUAUGCUCCGGUCUCAGACUGUCCAGGUGCAGUCAGACAACGCGACGGCGGUCGCGUACAUCAAACAAGGAGGAACGAGAAGCCGCAUGGCAAUGCUGGAAGUAGCUCGAAUCCUCAAUUGGGCCGAGUAUCACCAAGUGAUGUUGUCGGCAGUGUUCAUUCCGGGAGUGGACAACUGGGAGGCUGAUUAUCUCAGCCGUCGGGAUUUUCAUCCAGGAGAAUGGGCAUUAAAUCCAGAAGUGUUUCACAUGUUGGUCCAGAGGUGGGGUUACCCACAAGUGGAUUUGAUGGCAUCGCGCCACAAUCACCAAACGCCCCAGUAUGUGUCCAGAACGUGAGAUCCAAAGGCAGUGGCGGUGGAUGCUCUCACAAUCGCGUGGUCGUACAGCCUCGUGUACCUGUUUCCACCGUUUCCGCUGCUCCCUCUGUUGCUAAAACGGAUCAAACAAGAGUCCGCCACAGUCAUACUAGUGGCGCCUCAUUGGCCUUGGAGAGCUUGGUUCUCGGAUCUCCGCGGGCUACUCGCAGACUACCCUUGGCCGCUCCCGCUACGUCCGGACCUGUUACAACAGGGUCCGUUCCUUUACCCCGAUUUAGCGCGGCUGCGUUUGACGGGGUGGCUGUUGAGACCGCCCUCUUAAGAAGAGAGGGCAUUCCAGAAUCGGUUAUACCAACCAUGCUACGAGCUAGGAAGACAGUUACGGCAGCUCAUUAUUACAGAAUUUGGCGUACUUACACAUUCCGAUUUGGCCACCUCAUCAGAGUUUCUUGCGUUUUGCGAUACGGCAAAACCAUUACCAGUUUCAGGCUCUACCGUUUGGCCUGUCGUCAGCGCCUCGGGUAUUCACCAAAGUGAUGUCUGUGAUGAUAGCUCAUCUCAGAUCCCUGGGAGUGAUAAUAGUUCCGUAUUUGGACGAUUUACUCAUCAAAGCUCCGUCUCAACAGAUGCUCCUCCAACAUGCGUUGCUAACGUACAAUGUACUAGUUCGAUACGGUUGGAUUCUCAACUUCAAGAAAUCACAUCUGAUUCCGUCUCAACGACUUCAAUUCCUAGGAAUGAUUCUCGAUACGGUAGAUCAAAGAAUUUACCUACCAGAACAGAAAGUACAGAGAAUUCGUCAUCUGGUACAAUUAGUGCUCAAGCCACGCACAGUCUCGGUACAUUUGUGCAUUCGCCUCUUAGGCACAAUCGCUUCAGUUCGGAAGAUUUCACUCACGUCCUUUUCAACUGGAUGUGCUCGCACAGUGGUCGGGCUCGCUAUAUAGGUUGGUGUGAAGCUCGGAAGUUUCCGACAUCAUCUUUCAAGUUAUCCCGCCUUUUGUUGUUUCUACAGACGGGGUUAGAUGGAGGACUGCAUUUAUCUACACUAAAGGUGCAGGUAUCUGCUUUGUCAAUUUACUUUCAGGCUGCCUCCCACUUGCCUGCACCUCUUGUCAUCUGUCUGUCGCCCCUCCCCAUUAGAUUGUUAGCUCUUCAGAGCAGGGCCCUCUUUUCUCUUGUUAUCUAAGCCCUCGUCUCAACACAUUUCACUCACAGCUCUCCCCUACUCAACGACCAUCUUUAUCCUGCUAGUAAAGGCUCAACUCCAUCUAUGGCCACCAGCCUCUAGUAGUAUGAUGAUCACUCCCUCAAUACUUACAUCUUAGCUGUAUUAUGUCUUGAGAAUGUGUGGUGCUCUGUUACCUGUACUCUAUUUCUGUUAUUUAUUUACUGUAAUGCAAUGUUUUGUCCCCUGUACUGUCCUUUGUACGGCGCUGCGAAACACAUGUGGCGCCUUAUAAAUAAAAUGUAAUAAUAAUAAUAAUAAUAAAAAAGACGAUUGGCUCUAUUGCCGUCGGUACACACCUUUCUGCAAGGUGUCCUCAGAGUACAACCUCCAUUCAUUCCACCUACAGCGCCAUGGGACUUGAAUCUGGUUUUAGAUUUCUUACAGUCUUCAUAUUUUGAACCCUUACAACAAGUGGAUAUUAAGUUUCUCACUUGGAACAUUUUUUUCUCCUAGCCUUAGCUUCGGCAAGGCGUGUUUCAGAUUUGGGUGCCUUGUCAUGCAAGCCACCGUAUUUGGUGUUUCAUGUUGACAGAGCGGAACUUCGGACGAAUCCCGCUUUCCUACCAAAGGUAGUGUCUUCAUUUCACAUCAAUCAACCAAUAGUAGUUCCUGUGUUAACAGAAGAUUCUGGAACUCUGGAUGGGGUACGCGCAUUACGCGUUUAUGUAUCCCGAACGUCUACAGUUCGUAAGACUGAUACAUUGUUUGUUCUCUAUGAUGCUGCCAAGAUGGGUUGGCCAGCUUCUAAGCAGACCUUAUCCAGAUGGAUAAAACUGACCAUACGUCAGGCUUACCUUCAUGCUAGGUUACAGCCGCCUACGUCAGUAACAGCUCAUUCCACACGUUCUGUGGGAACUUCAUGGGCAGCUGGUCGUGGGGCUUCUACGACGCAGCUUUGCCGUGCGUAUACAUGGUCAUCAGUGCACACGUUUGUGCGCUUUUACAAGUUUGAUACGUUUGCGGCAUCAGCAUCUAGCUUUGGCCGCCUAGUGUUACAGGUCCCAAACAGCUCUCCCGCUCACGGGGGAAGCUUUGGUACAUCCCAAGAGUACUCCAGUGACCCCUAGUGGAUGAAAAAGAAAAUAGGAUUUUGGUACUUACCAGGUAAAUCCUUUUCUUUGAAUCCAUAGGGGGCACUGGACGCCCACCCAGAGCAGUUUUACCUGGUUUGUGGUAAGUUCAGGGGAUCUUAUGGUAACACAUUCUCUCCGACUGGUUCAAAGUUUCAAGUUCUAUCGGUUAUAGUGCCAACUGUUUAGUUGUCAGUAACGUUCUGUGUCAUCUUUAUUGUUGUCCGUUAUGUUCUAUGUAAUUCUCCAUUGUCAUCCUCUCUGUCGCUCCUGUUCGGCUCAGUAAAAAACACUGAGGUACUCUGGGAUAUGGAGGGGAGGAGAGUUCUAAAUUUAAAUAUUCAGUGCCUUGUUCUUGCGGAAGCCGUCCAUAUCCCAAGAGGACUCCAGUGCCCCCUAUGGAUUCAAAGAAAAGGAUUUACCUGGUUGAUGAAAAACCAACGACCGCAGCGAAGUCAGCGCCACUUCUCAGCCUCAGGGAGUUUGUGAUGUGUGAUGACUCCCAACCCCAAGUGCAGGAAGCGCCCCCCAGCCCGGAGGGGUCUGACAGCGAGGGUCUGGAGGAGGCUAUGACCGCCAUGAUGGACGAGUUUCAGCUGGACCUCUGUCACGUCACUCAGGCACUUCUGAAGAAUAGCGGGGAGGUGGGCAGCACCAGACACUUCCUCCGCACGGGGGUACGCCCCGAUGGUUACCCCAUCUGGGAGCACAAAGAUGAUCUGGACUUAAAGAAGAAUGACCCAAAGUUAAUGAAACAAUUGAUUGAAAAAUACAGCAUGCGCAAUGUGGCCCAGAGGGCGCUUUUCCUGGCGACGUAGAGGCCGUUCCCGCGGAAUACUGAUUCUUCCCCGUACUGCUGAGCGGAUUGCUGGGCUAGACCCUGAAAUCCUGCAGAACUGGCUCUAGGCCUAAGGCUGGACCUCUCCUACGGUCUGCCCACUUUUAUGGGUGAGUCAUAGGAAUAUGGGCGUGUACCUACCUGCCGGCCGCCACCCAGCUGCUGAUCCACAUGGCUCUACAGACAUAAAUAUUGAUGAGGAUGUAGCCUAUCGGUGCAUUAGCGGCCAGUGACAUCACUGAGGCAUCCUGCGUGGCGGGAGAGGGCGCCAGUUACCGGGAAAGGCUGGGGUACGCCGCGGUGCCGGCAUAACAAAUGCUCUGACAGCCAGCUACAUUAUUAUAUGGCUUAUAACUACCGUUGCUUUGUAUAAUGCAUCGUGCUCACUUUAUAACUUUUAGAUUAUACCCUGAAUAUCUUUUAGCCGUACUGUUGUGUUUAUUUAUUGUUUACAGAUUCAAAAGACAUUUUUGUUGAUU